CUGAGGAGACGGGGUCGGUUCUGGAGGAAUGCUCCUGGGUUUACCCUGGUCUCUGCUGGGUUUUCCCCUCUGAGCUCAGCAGAACCGUGUGGUUGUGGGGGAGGUUCGGUCCCUGGUUCUGGUUCUGGUUCUGGUCUGUCUCGUAUGAUGCACAGACAACUUGGUACCGGACCGGUCCACUCGUUGAUGGACUCGGACUCAGUUCUAGGAACCCGUGCGUGGACCCUCACGCGCUCACCACGGCGGCUGAGAGCGCAUGCGCAGAAGGAUUCAGGCUCUUACCUGUGGAAGCAGACACGAAGCUGUUCAGCAUCUCUGGAGGGCUCAGCAGAACCACAAAGACCUGAAACCAGAACCCCCCGUGUGUGUAUGUGUGUGCACAUGCACACUGUGCUGCUUUUGAAGCCUACCAACAUGGUCCCCCCAUCCCUGUGCUUCCUGGGGGGUCUUUUAGGCCUGUUGGUGAUGGUUCCGGUUCUGACGGCCUCCAGCCCGGCCAGCAUGUGCACCCCCCUGAGGACCCUAAACGACAGCCUGAGCCACAGGAGACGCUACAUGAUCAUCCGGGUUCUGCCGGACCGACAUCCUUCACGUUCCUACACCGCUGAGCUGGAGCGCCGCUUCAGGGACGCUGAGGGGGUCUUUGUCCAGUCCCACCCUGCUGAGGUGUUCCAGCAGGAGCUGCCAGAGAAGAUCCAGGACAUUUGGGAUCAGUUGACAGAAGAGUCCGACAGAGUUCCAGAGUCCAGCUGGAGACUCGCUUCUCCAAAGUCCCUGGUGGACAGUCUGUGCCAAACCAUGCUGUGUCUCUUCAGGGACUGUUUCAGCAGUGAGGACGCUCCACAGGACUACUGUGGAGUUUUUCACUCAAGGAGAAACAAGAAGACUUCCAGUCCAAACGAUGGGACGGAGACGGCAGAGUGACGUUUGUCUUCUGGUCUCUUCAGGGAUCACAUGGACCAGGGUCUGAAAAACCACAGUUUGCUCCAGAAGGACUGAACGGAGCUCGGACUCAGACUAGGACCUCACUUGUUACUUUGUGAGCUUCUGGACUUUCUGUGAAACAGAACUAAGACUCGGUUCUGAGAAGAGACUUCAGGAUUCUGGACUUUCUGGUCUUAUGGGCAGGUUUCUGGGAACUUUCCUACAAACUGCUCAAACUGAAAUAUUUUCCUGGAGUCGGACUCUGAAAACAGGAGCUUCUUGGUCCUCGUCAGUGAAGGAUGGACCUGCAGGACCUGAGAGGUCCACCAGAGACACUGAUGUCCUAUAGCCAGACAUGUCCUUCCAUCACUUUAUUUAAGAAGUUUUCUGUAUAAUCUGGAGCUGUUUGACGUAUUUAUAUAUUGUUGUUCUGACUCAGCGUAUUUAUCUGCUGUCAAGUUCAAACUGAUCCGGAUUAAAGAACCGUCAGGAUGAACUAAAAGCUCUGGUUUUCCUGAAGGAACGCUCAUCGCCCACCGGCCCUCCACUGAAAACUAAAACAUCUGUUUGACUCGUUUCAUUGAUUGUUUCACACAAACUGACCCUCAACAAAACAUCUGUUCUUAAACAAACAGUUCUUUAUGAACAUUAAGAUUAAAAACUGCUGUUUUUAAUCAAAUAACCUUUAAUGUGAUUUAUUUCAUGUUAUAAAAUUACUGAAAGUAAGAUGAUAAAUAUAAAAUAAUGUUUGUGUUGUUGAGGUUUGGGAGUUUCUGUAGACAUGAUUCAUUUAAACUUGAUAAAAAUAACACAAUAACUGGUUUAAUAAGUCGACACACAUCUGUGUGUAAAAGAUUCAUGUUUGAGGUUUUUAUAAAGUCAUAAAAUGUCUGGAUGAUUUUGAAAUGACGAGAAGCAGCUUUAUUAUAUUUAAUGAUGAGAAAUGAACGUCCACACAGCUACAGAAAAACUACAAACACGUCCACGUUUGUCCUCAGAUUGUUUUAUACACAGAAUAUUGAAUAUUUAUUUUUUUAGAACAAUAUAAAACUAUGUGACAGUGUUUUACCUGGCUUUAAAUAAAACCUUAUUUUUAUCAACA